GUCAGGACUGCCGACUUCUGCAAGGCCCAGGUGAGAAAGAGCCACUUGAGUCCUGGACGAGAUUCUUCGUGGGUUCUUUGGGGCUCGAGCAAAUCUUUACCCUAACUGGAAAGAAUCCUGAUGGAAAUUCCUUGUGAGUAGGAACCCUGGUACUAUGGAUCAUCUAUAUUUGCUUUGAAACAUGCUUUAGAUUUUUUUUCUGGAAGCCCUAUAAAUACUGUAAAAAUUCAGUGUAUUGUUGUAAAGACCUAUGGCCAAUGGUAGCAGAGUCUACGUAGAACUAUGCUUCGUGGUGUUCUGGGAAAAACCUUUCGACUUGUUGGUUAUACUAUUCAGUAUGGCUGCAUAGCUCAUUGUGCUUUUGAAUACGUUGGUGGUGUUCUCAUGUGUUCUGGACCAUCAAUGGAGCCUACAAUUCAAAAUUCAGAUAUUGUCUUUGCAGAAAAUCUUAGUCGACAUUUUUAUGGUAUCCAAAGAGGUGACAUUGUGGUUGCAAAAAGCCCGAGUGAUCCAAAAUCAAGUAUUUGUAAAAGAGUAAUUGGUUUGGAAGGAGACAAAAUUCUCACCAGUAGUCCAGCAGGUUUCUUUAAAAACCAUAGUUAUGUGCCAAAGGGUCAUGUCUGGUUAGAAGGUGAUAAUCUACAGAAUUCUGCAGAUUCCAGGUACUAUGGGCCUGUUCCAUAUGGACUAAUAACAGGACGAAUCUUCCUUAAGAUUUGGCCUCUGAAUGAUUUUGGAUUUCUACGUGACAGCCCUAAUGGUCACAGAUUCUCUGACUAGGGAAAUGAUGUUAGACAAGAAGCAAAUUUGAGUUCAAAAUGAGUUGUAAAGCAGUGGAGACAACUCGCAACAUCAACAACACAUUUGGCCCAGGAAGUGCUAACGAAUGUACAGUGCAGUGGUGGUUCAAGACGUUUUGCAAAGGAAAUGAGAGCCUUGAAGAUGAGCGUAGUGACUGGCCAUCGGAAGUUGACAAUUACCAGUUGAGAGCCAUCAUCAAAGUUGAUCCUCUUAACAGCCACAGGAGAAGUUGCUGAAGAACUCAGCGUUGACAGUCAUUCAGCAUUUGAAGCAAAUUGGAAAGGUGAAAAAGCUUGAUAAGUGGAUGCCUCAUUGCAUAUUAAAAAAAUCGUCAUUUUGAAGUGUCACCUUUUAUUCUACACAACAGUGAACCAUUUCUUGAUCAGAUUGUGAUGUGAGAUGAACAGUGGAUUUUAUACAACAACCAGUGAUGACCAGCUCAGUGGCUGGACCAAGAAGCAGCUCCAAAGCACUUUCCAAAGCCAAACUUGCACCAAAAAAAAAGUCCUUUGUCACCAUUUGGUGGUCUGCUGCCAGUCUGACUGCAGCUUUCUGAAUCCUAGCAAAACCAUUACAUCUGAGAAGUAUGCUCAGCAAAUCGAGAUGCACUGAAAACUGCAACACUUGAAGCCAGCAUUGGUGAACAGAAUAGGCCCAGUUCUUCUCCACAGCACCACUGACGGCACCAUCUCGCAUCCAGUUUUUCAGAAGUGGGACGAACUGGGCUACGAAGUUAUGCCUCAUCCACCACAUUCACCUGACCUCUUGCCAACCAACCACCACUUCAAGGAUCUCGACAACUGUUUGCAUGGAAAAUGCUUCCAUAACCAGCAGGAUGCAGAAAAUGCUUUCCAAGAGUUCGCUGAAUCCUGAAGCAUGGAUUUUUAUGCUAUGGGAAUACACAAACAUUUUCAUUGGCAAAAAAUGUGUUGACUGUAAUGGUUCCUAUUUUGAUUAAUAA